UAUGAUUUUGACAUUUCAAACUAGUUGCUUACAAAUACCGCUUUGAUACAUUCGGUGAGCGGCGAACGUCCAAUGGAACAAUUGUGAUUUGUGUUUAUUUGAUUUUUUUUGCGAAUAAUUUUCAGUUUUCACAGUGAAUCGAAUAGAAGCAACUGAAAAAUGUCAAACAAUAGCGAAGCGCAAGCGAUGGACGUUGAUUUUCAUCAAGAAGAUAUCGCAUAUGAGGAGGAAAUUUUACGGAAUGCAUUUUCAGUAAAACAUUGGCUACGAUAUGUCGAACACAAGAAGAAUUCACCGUCGUUUGGUGUGAACAUUGUGUUCGAACGUGCAUUAAAAGAGUUACCGGGAUCGUAUAAAUUAUGGUUUAAUUAUUUACGAACGAGACGCAAGCAAGUUCGUGGCCGACCAAUAAACGAUCCACUGAUUGAAGAAGUAAACAAUGCAUUCGAACGUUCACUGGUGUUUAUGCAUAAAAUGCCACGCAUUUGGAUGGAUUAUUGUUCAUUUAUGGUGAAUCAAUGCAAAAUAACACGAACGCGUCAUGUAUUUGACCGUGCACUCCGUGCCCUUCCAAUCACACAACAUCACCGUGUUUGGCCGCUGUAUUUGAAUUUUUUGAAGAAAUUCGAUAUACCGGAGACGGCCGUACGUGUUUAUCGACGAUAUUUGAAACUUUAUCCAGAAGACAAUGAAGAAUAUAUCGAAUAUUUGACGAAAGUCGGUCGAUUAGAUGAGGCUGCACAGCAAUUGGCAUCAGUGGUUGACAAUGAACAUUUCGUAUCGAAACAUGGCAAAUCAAAUCAUCAACUUUGGAACGAGUUGUGCGAAUUAAUAUCGAAAAAUCCGGAUAAAGUUCAUUCGUUGAAUAUUGAUGCGAUUAUUCGUGGUGGAUUGCGUCGUUAUACCGAUCAAUUGGGUCACCUGUGGACAUCGUUGGCCAAUUACUAUGUGCGAAGCGGUUUAUUCGAUCGUGCGCGUGACAUUUAUGAAGAGGCCAUUCAAACGGUGACAACUGUUCGUGAUUUUACCCAAGUGUUCGAUGCAUACGCUCAAUUUGAAGAGUUGAGUUUGAGUAAGAAAAUGGAAGAUUUGGCAUCCGAUACAAAUCCAAGUGAAGACGAUGAAAUUGAUGUUGAUCUGCGAAUGGCACGUUUUGAGCAUCUUAUGGAUCGUCGUUUGUUAUUGCUUAACAGUGUGCUGUUACGUCAAAAUCCGCACAAUGUACCCGAAUGGCAUAAGCGGGUUCAAUUGUACGAAGGUAAUUUACUUGAAAUCAUUGCAACAUACACCGAAGCCGUUCAAACCGUUCAACCAAAAUUGGCCGUUGGAAAAUUGCACACAUUAUGGGUUGAAUUUGCAAAAUUCUAUGAGAAAAAUGACCAAAUCGAUGAUGCACGUAUUGUAUUUGAAAAGGGCACUCAAGUUGAGUAUAUCAAAGUCGAUGAAUUGGCAGCCGUUUGGUGUGAAUGGGCCGAAAUGGAAGUGCGACAAGAACAAUAUGAAAAUGCGUUGAAAUUAAUGCAACGCGCAACAGCGAUGCCAAAACGAAAGGUUGCUUAUCACGAUGAAAAGGAAUCGGUUCAAAUGCGUCUGUAUAAAUCGCUUAAAUUAUGGGCAACAUAUGCGGAUUUCGAAGAGAGUUUUGGCACAUUCAAAACAUGCAAAGCCGUUUACGAUAGAAUUAUCGAUUUGAAAAUCUGCACACCACAAAUUAUCAUCAAUUAUGGCAUGUUUUUAGAGGAAAAUAAUUAUUUUGAAGAAGCAUUCCGGUCAUACGAAAAAGGCAUUGCUCUAUUCAAAUGGCCAAAUGUGUACGACAUAUGGAAUAUGUAUCUAACAAAAUUUUUGGCACGUUAUGGUGGCACCAAAUUGGAACGUCUACGUGAUUUAUUCGAACAAUGUUUGGAAAAUUGUCCACCCGAAUUGUGUAAAUGUUUCUAUUUGUUGUAUGCUAAAUUGGAAGAAGAGCAUGGAUUGGCCCGGCAUGCAAUGGCCGUGUAUGAACGAGCUACAACAGCGGUUAAAGACACCGAAAUGGCCGAUAUGUUUAAUAUUUAUAUUAAGAAAGCAGCCGAAAUUUAUGGUUUACCACGAACACGGCAAAUAUUUGAAAAGGCCAUCGAAGUCUUACCCGAAGAUAAGUCACGUGAAAUGUGUGUACGAUUCGCUGAAAUGGAAACAAAACUCGGUGAAAUUGAUCGAGCGCGUGCCAUUUAUGCGCAUUGCAGCCAAAUGUGUGAUCCACGCAUCACCGAACACUUCUGGCAAACGUGGAAAGAAUUCGAAAUCAAACAUGGAAACGAGGAUACAAUGCGUGAAAUGUUACGUAUACGGCGCAGCAUUCAAGCAACGUAUAAUACACAAGUGAAUAUGAUGGCCGCGCAAAUGAUGGCCACUACAACACCGGUCAGUGAAACGCCCAAAGAUGGUAUGCGCCUUUUGGAGGCCAAAGCAAUGGAAACUCAAGUCCAACCAACCAAAACAGCCAACAGUAAUAUCAUGUUUGUGCGAGGCGAAACCACCGGACUCGCUGAAAAAGAUAAAGUCGUUAAUCCCGAUGAAAUUGACAUCGAUGACGAUGAUGAGGAAGACGAAGACGAAGAAGAGGAAGGUGAAAAUAAUGAUGAAACCAACGGUUCCGAUGUCGAAACUAAAGUCAUUAAAAACAUCGAAAAACAAGCUAUACCCGAUAAAGUGUUUGGCAGUUUAAAGAGAAAACAUGAUAAAAGCGAUGAAGAUGAUUGAUUUUUUUUUAAAUUUUGAUUUCAAACAAUGCCCAUUAGAUUUAUGUUCAAUUUUCAUUUGUGCUGUAAU